CUGCAAAGCGUCAUUAAACGGCGCAGGAAGACUUUGGUGGCCUGCGCGUGUGCCGGAGUUCAAUUAGGAUUGUAUUAUAUGGAAAACGACACUUUUAUAACGAACACACGGUCUUGAAGAUGCGUUUUUAAAACACGUUGUUUUUCAGUUGCAGAAGUUUGAAGAUGCGCAAUAAUUAUGACACACGAGAGAGUUCAUAGUCUAUGAGUUCGGUGAGAUUUACAGCAUCAAAAGUCACGAACAGCUGGAGAAAUAAAGCAGUUUACUGUUGUCAUUUAUCUAUUGGUGAACGCACGUGUCCAGUUAAAUAUACUUUAGCAGAGAGAUGAGUAAACGAGAAGAUGAGGGAUGUGUCCGAAAUCGAAGGACAGAUGCUGGACAGAAAGCAGAGGAUUGUGUUAACUCAGAUUCACCUGUCAUAGGUGCUUUUAAAGUGUUCCAGCGAGAAUUGGACACCAAACAUGAUAAGCAUGAGCGUUUGGUGAAAAUCAGUCGUGAUGUUACCAUUGAAAGCAAACGGACCAUAUUCCUCCUGCACAGGGUGACCAGCGUUCCAGACUUUGAGAACAUACUGAACGACGCAGAUGUGAAACUGGACGGUGUGAGGCAGAAGAUCGGACAGAUAGCUGAAGAACUGAGAGGAGAAGAUCUGCAUCAGUUCCAUCGAGCCUUCACGCCAGGGAUUCAGGAGUAUGUGGAGGCCGUUUCAUUCCAUCACUUCAUCAGACAUCGCAGGCUGAUCAGUCUGGAGGAGAUUAACGCCCGUCUGGUCUUCAUGAAAGAGGACCAAACCACAAAGGUUGGUUGUGAGGACGUUUGUCCCGGCUCGUGUGUGCUGACCUUCCAGGUGACGCCAACCGAUUACCUGCUAGGUGUGGCUGACCUGACGGGCGAGCUGAUGCGAAUGUGCAUAAGCAGCGUGGGCAAUGGCGAUAUGGAUACGCCUUUUGAGCUCAGCGGUUUCCUGCGGGAAAUCCACGACGGCUUUUCUUACAUCGGCAACACUGGACCAUACGAGGUCUCCAAGAAACUGCACACUCUGCGUCAGAGCCUGGGGAAGGUGGAAGAUGCGUGCUACACCCUGCGUGUGCGUGGCUCUGAGAUACCCAAACACAUGCUCGCCGACGUGUUCACCAGCAGGGCGGCGCACUUGGAGACCGAUGACGGGAUCGCUUAGGAUAUCGCAAAGGAUCUCCCUUGCUGCGCAUGUUUUCGGUUUAUCUUUAGUAUUUUUGGUUUUGAAGAACUCAAAACUUUGUGUUUAUGAUGUGUUUUAUUAUUUGCAUGCUGUUGCAAUGCCUUGUUCCUCAGUUUUGUGCUGUACUGCAUGUAAAUGGAAACAAUGAAAGGCUGAACUUCAUUCAGUUCUACCCAAAGGUUUCGUGUUUACAAAAUAAAACGGUCCUGGAUAUGUCAAUAAAACUUGUUUUGGUACUAA